AUGUUUCACUCCUCCACCUUGCCCCCCGCGAAAAAACGGCCUCGGCCCGAGGGCUCUGGUGCUCAGUGCCACCAGGUGAAGUUUGCCAAGGUGACCUUGUACAUAGUGGAGAGGCGCAUGGGCCGCAGCAGGAGAGGCUUCCUCAGCAGCCUGGCCAGAUCAAAGGGCUUCUGUGUGGAGGACGUCCUCAGCAAUAAGGUGACCCACGUUGUGGCAGAGGGAAACCCAGCCAAGGAGCUGUGGGCCUGGCUGCAUGCCCAGGCUGCCGGCCUGACCACAGACACGGAGGUGCUGGACAUCAGCUGGUUCACGGAAAGCAUGAGGGCGGGCUGGCCUGUGGCCGUGGAGAGCAGGCACCGCAUCCAGGAUACUUCUCAAGUGGGUUUACCAAGCACUUCAGAGUCCACGGUUUCUCAGUAUGCAUGCCAGCGAAGGACAACCCUGGACAAUCCAAACAAGAUCUUCACGGAUGCCUUUGAACUUCUGGCGGAGCACUCUGACUUCUGCGACAGCAAAGGUCCGGCUCUGGCCUUCAAGCGUGCGGCCUCGGUUCUGAAGAGCCUGCCUGCCAUGCUGCGAGGCCUGGGGGACAUGGAGGGACUGCCCUGCCUGGGGGAACAAACACGGGCCGUGAUGAAGGAAAUCUUGGAGUGUGGCAGAUCCUCCAAAGUUGAAGCCAUACUGAGUGACAAGAAAUUCCAAACAAUGAAGAUUUUUACAAGCGUGUGGGGCGUGGGGCCCAAGACAGCAGAGAAGUGGUAUCUGCAAGGCCUUCGCACACUGGAGGAGGUUGUCACCGAGCCACACGUCCAUCUGAACCGAAUGCAGCGAGCAGGUUUCCUUUAUUAUGCUGAUAUCUCCCGAGCAGUCACCAAAGCCGAGGCGCAAGCCGUUGGGCGCAUCGUCGAGGAGGCCGUUCACCAAAUCUCUCCCAACGCCUCUGUUGUUCUGACAGGAGGCUUUCGCAGGGGGAAGGAGGUUGGCCAUGACGUGGACUACAUACUGACCACACCUGAGGUUGGAAGCGAAGAAGGGCUAUUGCUCCGUGUGAUAGACAGGCUCAACUACCAAGGCAUUCUGCUGUACACGGAGUACCAGGAAUCCACCUUUGACGGCAACCGAAUGCCCUGCCGGAGGUUCGAGGCCAUGGACCGUUACCCAAAAUGCUUCUUGAUCAUCCAGCUGAAUGCCGAGGCGGUCCAGGACGGCGCUCUGUCAUGUGACCAGGAUGACCGCAGGGGUUGGAGGGCGGUGCGUCUGGAUCUGGUGGCUCCGCCGGCUGACCGGUUUGCCUACACUCUCCUGGGCUGGAGUGGGUCCACGCAGUUUGAGCGGGACCUGAGACGAUUUGCCCGGCUGGAGAGGGGGAUGCUGCUGGACAACCACGCUCUGUACGACAAAAGCAAGGAUGCAUUUUUGCCGGCCAAAACCGAGGAGGAUAUCUUUGGCCAUCUGGGGCUGGAGUACAUCGAACCUUGGCAGCGCAACGCAUAGAGCGAUCCCGGAACCAUUCACCGCCAUAGAUGCCCACUGGCACUGCUUGUGUGUGCUUGCGAAAGUGCCGAGAUCGCUGCGACCACUCUCUCACCUCCGUGGUGGCAUUCAGCUUUGGCUUCUCAGGUCUGGCAGGCCUUACUGUUUUCCUGCAAACGUGUAAACAGCUGUCUCAUCUGCUCCUCUCCCCAUUAGAGCUGUUGUUAGGCGCAACUGUGAGCACACAUAGACACAGUGAGGAGAUGCAAAGGGAGGGGAGAUUUGAGAGGGAGAUAAGAAAGAAGGGGAAAAGGGACACAAAAUGAGAAAAGGAGCAGAGAG